GCCAAGUCAACUCGAUGGAAUACGGCGCUUCCCCAGGGCAUACGGCUCACUUCAUUAGGAAGCACAUCGGAGCAGGAGAUCAACAACACUUGUAGGCUUAAGCCAACCAGACCACAUCACUUGGAAGGGAAAUGGAGCCAGACUACACUUUGCUUCUGACUAUAUUGCAUUUACUGAUUGCUCCUUUUGCCCUGGUUUUUGUUUGGGCCAUUUACUACGACUUUUCUCGAUCAGAGAUCCCUCCCGGAAUCGACCAGCCUCUCAAGCUCCGGAUCCUUCACUGGCUCUUGAUUGUUUCAGCAGCUCUGGGGAAGAUUCUGGAGAACCUCUCCUUCUGUUCUCAGAUCCGUUUCAUCCGCUUCACCCAAGAAGGCAAAAAACUGGGAGAUGAUCCUAGACUCCUGAUUAAGGAUCUCGUGUUCGAGGACAUCCCGGUCAGGGUUUACCAGCCGAGAGAAUCCAAAUUGGAACGAAGGAGGGGAGUCAUCUUUUUCCACGGAGGAGGCUGGAUGUUUGGAAGUAUCAAUUCCUAUGAUCAUGUUUGCCGGUACAUCGCCAAAGAAAGCGAUUCGGUGCUUGUAUCUGUUGGGUACCAUCUAGCCCCCGAGCAAAAGUAUCCAUCCCAGUUUCACGACUGCCUGACUGCCACUGCACAUUUUUUGAAGAAAGCAGAAGACUACGGGGUGGACCCUGCUCGCAUUAUCGUCAGUGGGGACAGUGUUGGAGGGAAUUUCGCCGCUUCCGUUUGCCAAGCUUUAGUGAGCCGAGCAGAUCUGGUCAAGCCACUCGCUCAGAUUCUGAUCUAUCCCGGUCUUCAAGCGAUAGACUUCAACCUACCUUCUUACCAACAGAACCGAGCGGUCCCCAUCUUGUACCGAGAGCAUGUCAUCUGUUCUGCUCUGCAGUACCUCAACAAGGAUUUGUCUGUGUUAGACAGCGUCAUGCAAGGGUGCCACGUCCCCAGUGACAUCAAAACAAGAUUUGGGAAAUGGAUCAACUCCGAGAACAUCCCGGAAGAAUUUAAGGCCAGGGGAUUCAAGCCGUCGGAGGCCGCAUCCUUCUUGGACAACGUCUACGAGGUUGUGAAGCAAGCUUUGGAGACCACCUUCUCUCCUCUUAUGGCUGAAGAUGCGGUUCUUUCCCAGGUUCCCAAGGCCUGCAUUGUAACUUGUGAAUACGAUGUUCUAAGGGACGACGGGAUUCUUUACAAGAAACGGCUGGAGGAUAACGGGGUGCCUGUCACUUGGUGCCACAUUGAAGAUGGCUUCCAUGGGGUGAUCAACUUUUUCAAUGGGUUUUUGUCAUUCCCGUCUGGUAAAAAGGGAGUUGACAGCAUUGUAACUUUUAUAAGGAGUCUAUAACACAAUUGUUCGAUUAAAUCAAGAUUUGUAUAUCUGGCUGCUUAUGUUUGAUAAAAAUGGUGCGGUUAUAUAGCUUUGGAGGAGGGGAAGCAGCUCAGUCGUAAAGCAGACUUUUGCCCUGUUUGGGGCCCAGGUUCAUCCCCAAACACACUCUGAUGGCAAGGUCAUAUGUGAUGGACUGCCCAUUAGAAACUGAUGCCCGC